AUGGAAAAUUAUAGAAAUGUUUCAAUAAAACAUUUUAAGUUGGAUCCUGUUCAUUAUUAUACAACUCCAGGUUUUGCGUGGAACGCNAGAAAAGAAAAAACAUCAACGAAAUAUCUCUUAGAUUUGGAUACAAAUAAUCUUUAUGGAUGGGCGAUGUGUAAAUAUUUACCAUAUAAAGGGUUUAAAUGGUGUAAUCCUGAUUUGUUUAAUACAGAAAACAUUUUAAGAAUGACAGAUGAACAGGAAAACUGCUAUAUUUUCGAAGUAGAUUUGAAAAAUCCUGAAGAGCUUCACGAUCUUCAUUCUGAUUAUCCACUGGCUCCCGAAAAUGUAUUUGAUAAUAAAGAAUUACAAAAUUAACAACAACUAUAUGUGAUAAGAAAAAAUACAUUCUACAUUAUAAUAAUCUUGUUCUUUAUUUAAGUUUAGGUUUAAAAUUAGAGAAAAUACAUAGGAUAAUAGAAUUUGAUCAAAAAGAUUGGUUAAAACCAUAUAUAGAAUUUAACACAAAUCUUCGUGCAAAGACAGGAUAAUGAAUUUGAAAAAGAUUAUUAUAAGUUAAUGAACAAUAGUGUAUUUGGUAGGACUAUGAUGAACACAAGGAACCAUAAAGAUAUGAAAUUAAUUAACGACGAAAAAAAAUAGAAAAAUGGGUUGAUAAACCAAAUUUUGAUCGAGCAACUAUUUUUCAGAAAACUUAGUAGCUGUACAUAUGAAAAAAACUAUGGUUGAAUUGAAACAACCAAUUUAUUUAGGAAUGUGAAUUUUAAAUUUAUCUAAAAUUCGAAAGUAUGAGUUUUAUUAUAACGUAUUGAAAAAAAUAUAUGAAAAAAAUAUCAGAUUAUUAUACACAGACGCAGAUUCUUUAAUAGUAGAAAUUUCAACUGAUGAUUUUUAUACAGAUGUAAAAAACAAUGAACAACUUUUAAAUGAAUUUGGUUUUUCAGAUUAUCCUAAGAAUAAUAAAUAUGGAAUACCACAAAUAAAUAAAAAAGUUCCAGAUAAGUUUAAAGAUGAGCUUAAUGGGCAAAUAAUAACUGAAUUUGUUGGGUUAAGAUCUAAAUUAUAUUCAUUUAAAUUAUUUGAAAAUUAA